ACUCCUCAUCACACUCCUCAUCCACUCACAAACCAGUUGGUGCCAACAUAUCGAACUGGUUGUCUGGUCCGGUGAACAUGUGUCUCGUGCUCCUCUCCGUCUCAGCUCGUUAACAACAGAGCGAGCGUUUAGUCACAGCCUUCGCUAUUACGAGACGUGCCCUCGUGAACCGGAAGUUGAUGGUCUUUUGUGCCACUCCGAAGCAGCAGAGCCGAGCAGCAGCAACGACGCCAGGGAAGGGUGAAGGCCCCCAGACCGACAUACAUCGAUGGGUAAGAAAAAUCGCCUCACAGCAGGAGCGGUCGGUCGAAGAACGAUCCUUCAGCUUUCGCCUCCCGGGCACCGCGGUGGGGAUGUCGGAGAGAGGGAAGAAGCCCCCUCGGGAUCCGAUGACGAACAGCAGGCUGAUGGACUCAGAUUCGGGAGAGAAAGACUCGCAAACAUGAAGACUUCUGCAGCAAAGGCCACAGAGGGCUUGUCCUUGCUAGGAGCCUAUGAGGAUAGUGAUGACGAGGAUGCUGGAGACUCUCUUCAGCAUUCAACUGCAAAGUCAACUGACAUCGACAGUACAUUGGCCAACUUCAUGGCUGAAAUUGAUGCAAUCACCACCCAGCCAAAUUCAGAUGAUACAGCUCAACCUUCGGCCCCAACUACCAUCCCACCCAGACCGGAGGUUGAUACUCAGCAGCCAGCUGCUAGUGGAGACCAGAACCAACAAAGCACAGAGUUUGAGUACAAUACUCAGUACUCACUUGCUGGAGUGGGUGUCGAGAUGGGAGACUGGCAGGAGGUGUGGGAAGAUAGCUCUGGCUGCCACUACUACUGGAACACUCAGACCAAUGAGGUGUCCUGGCAGCUGCCACAAUAUCUAGCUGAUCAGGUGAAAAGCCUGGAGCAGAAUACUAACAGCUCUAGUGUCAAUGGCAACGGCACUGCGCAUGUCGCCUAUCACACCAAGGAAAAGGCUGCUGCUUUUGUUGCAGCCCCACCAUCUGUGAAAGAGACCAAAGUGAAGGAGGUAAUUGAGAGUGUUGUAGGCCUCACAAGUGAAGAAGAGGAGCGCCAUGGAGUGGCUGCGUCUCUGCUUGGUCCACUGAUCCCUUCUGAAGUGAAAGAAGCAGAAGAAAAAUGGAGAAAAAAACUGCUUAAAGACUUGGAUGAGACUGAGAACAGUUUGGAUUCUGAUGAGGAAGGUGUUCACAAUGCAGGAUCCCCAUCUACCCCUCUGUCGGACCCUGACCCAAUCCCCACGGUCCAGAAAGAUCUUUGCACCAAGAAGCUGUCGGAAGACAACUCUGAUGCAGAGGAGGAGACGGAGGAAGACACAAUGGAGCUGGAACUGGCCCUGGAGAGGAAAAAGGCUGAGCUCCGUGCGCUGGAGGAGGGUGACGUGAGUGCCGGGGGCUCCAGUCCAUGUUCUGAGACAAGCCAAGAAGCCGCUGGUUCUCGAGGCAUGCUACUGAAGAAAAAACGGUGGAAGACUGCCUUCCCCAGUGCUCCCAGCCCUGACUCGAACAGCAUCGGCUCAGACCUACAGGACAGCACAGAGACGACACUUUCUAAAGUCCAAGAGAGCGCUAUGGAAGGAGAGGACAAGGAAGCGGACAAUUCAGAGGAGAAAGUGGUUACAAAUCCUCCGGUAAAAGAAGAGGUGGAAACACCGGAGCUCAAAGUAGAAACGCCUGAGCUCAAGUUUCAGAUUGGACAACUGGCUAACACGUUAACCAGCAAGAUGGAGUUCCUGGGGAUAAACAAAAAGGCGAUCUCAAACUUUCAGUUUCUUCUGCUACAAACUGAGACUCGGAUUGCUGACUGGAGAGAGGGCGCUCUGAAUGGAGUCUAUCUUCGUCGCAGGCUUCAGGAAGCUGCCGAACACAUAAAAUAUUACGAACUUAACGCCACUCCUAAAGGCUGGUCCUGCCACUGGGACAGAGAGCACAGGCGGUAUUUCUAUGUGAACGACCGGACCAGUGCCUCCCAGUGGGAUUUUCCAAAAGAGGACGACAAGGAGGAAGACCUGAAAAGCACCCAAGGUACCCAGGCACAGACUUCCGGUGACGGGGAUGUCAAAACAUUGUCUGCGUCUGCUGGAGGGGUCACAGGAUCUUUUGCUUCACCCCCCGCCGCCCCACCAGCACCUCCUCAGCCCAGUGCAUCAUUUCUCUGGUCCCCACCUCAACCUCCCCUUCCUGACAGCCCACCUCCACCUUCCAACUACCCACCGCCUCCGCCUCUCCCCCCAGGCUCACCACCUCCACCUCCUCCUCCCCCUGACAGUGAUGGAGAGAUCAUGGAGGUAGAGAUGGAAAUGGAUGAUGAUUUUGACGGUGAGCCUCCUGCUCCUGGAACGGAGGAAGAUGGCUCUGGGAGGCCUCCUUUACCUCCAGGCAUUGCGAGUGUCAAGAUUGUGGAGUCGUCGGCUCCCUUGGGGAAGGCUCAGAAACGUAAAGCCAGCCAGCUAAAUAAAUCCAUAACUAUUGGCAGUAAUCCCAUUCUUUACACCCAGCCGGCUUUUAGUGCAGCUCCCCUCAUGUCUGCAACUGCCUACUGGGGUGUGCCAUCUGUGCCCGCUCCCUUGGCCCCUUGUGAACCUCCUGUCCCACCUGUCCCGGCCCUACCCCCUCAGCCACCACUGCCACCAUCCCAGCCGCCCUUUGAACCCCCUGGAGCCAAAGUUCUACCCACAGACAAGACCAAGAAAGUGAAAAAGGAUAAGUCAAAGAAGAAUAAGAUCAAAAUGCCAUCUCUGGUGAAGAAGUGGCAGAGCAUCCAGAAGGAGUUGGACGAUGAGGAGAAAAGCAGCUCCAGUGACGAGGACCGAGAUCAGCUUAACAAGAAGAAUAUUGAGGACUGGAGGCAACAGCAGCUCCACACCGGAAAAGCUUCAAAGAAUGCCAAUUUUGAGCUACUGCCCAAUAACUGGCGGGACCGACUGAAGAAACGGAAGACGACGAAUAAGACGUAACAUUCAACCUGGGUCAUGCAUUGCCCAAUCACCUUUUUUUUGGUCUUUUUUUUUUAACUCCGUUUCUAUAAAGUCUACCCCAGAUUAAAGUUUUGUUUAAUGAUC